AUGAUUCCUUACAUUCCGUUUUAUAUAGUAGGGACAUGUUCUUCAUGUGUUUUACUACACAGAGAAUUAGACGAAGCUUGUCAGUCUAUUGCUUACGCAAAAGAUAUUAUUUCUAUUACCAUUGGCAAGAAAUCCAAAUUGUUUGACUGGUUGUUGAUAUUUCGUGAUCAGUAUAUUUCUGCUGAAGUUAACAUGAGAAGUGGUGAGGGUAUGAAGUUAGUUGGUGAGGAGUUGUUGUUCAAAGUUGGAAAGUUGCAUGGUGAGCUGAUUGAUCAUUGUCGCAUUGCCUCUGAAUGA